AAAGAGGUGACCAUAAUGUGAUAUUAGGCAUACAGAACUUGGACAAAAUUAAAGAGUUUUGUUUAGUUUUCAGAUUGGUACUUCACAAUGAGUAUGGAAUCUCGCCGUGGACGUCCUCCUACUCGGAGACAGCAUCUUUUUACAAAAGACUUGAAGUCUCUUAUGUACGCUUUUGGAGACGAUCUGAACCCUGCUCCAGACAGCGUAAAUGUCUUGGAAGAAAUUGUUGUUGACUAUAUAAAUGAAAUGUGCCUAGAAGCAGCUCGAAUUGCUGGCAAUCGCAACAAAGUAAAGGUGGACGAUUUCAAAUUUGCCCUUCGAAACGACCCUAAGAAGCUUGGCCGUGUUGAAGAACUACUGGUUCUUCAAAAGAUGAUUGCAGAUACUAGGAACGUUAUGAAGUACAACAAAGACCAUUUUUAAUUUCAGUUUGUUAAUGUCCCUUAUUAUAUAUAUGUAUUUGAGACGGCAUGCCGUAUAAUCUUUCUCACCGAUUCCUUGUUUUAUAUUUUGGGUUUACAAAUAUGUCUUGCAAUCUUCGCCGUUAUAUUUGCAUCUUUCUCCUUAUGUAGUUUUACUUAUACAAAGAACAUCGACUAUAUAAUUUAUAUGAAUAAAAGAAACAGAAAUUAAGACUGUCCAAAUAUCAAAAUGACCA